CGCCGCCCGCUCAGACCUCAGAAUUUACAACUCCUGACUGAUCAACCUCACCAACCGAGACGCACGCGCACACUUCACUGCUCCGCCGCGCUUUUGGAUUAUAACUAUGACUCUGGAGGAAAUCUGCGGACAAGAGAACACAAUGGCAAACGCUGAUAGGGUUCAGAGCGCAGGCGCAGCCCUGGAGGAGCUGCUGCUCGCUGCAAAGAAGCAGGACUACCUGACAGUUGGAGUUUAUGAAUCUGCAAAAGUCAUGAAUGUUGAUCCAGACAGCGUGGCGUUCUGCGUGCUCGCCACCGAUGAGGAGUACGAGUGCGACAUCGCCCUUCAGAUCCACUUCACCCUGAUCCAGGCGUUCUGCUUCGACAACGACAUCAACGUCGUGCGUGUCAACGACAUCGAGCGCCUGGCCGACCUCGUGGGCGCAGACGAGACCGGCGAGCCCAAGGACGCGCACUGCAUUCUCGUCACGAGCCCCAGUGCAAACCCGUGGAAAGACCCCUCUCUGGACAAACUGAGUCUGUUCUGCGAGGAAAGCCGAAAUGCCUACGACUGGGUGCCCACGAUCACACUACCAGAACGCUGAAGCCGCAUUCCUCUGAAGAUGCUUCACAUGAUGAUGUUAAUGAUAAAAGAGUCAAAGAGCCAAGCUUCGGCUGGGGGGAGUCGAGCCUUUCUGUUUCUGGAUUAGGAGGCUGUCUGCAUCUUCCUCUCCCUGCAAGAGCUUCCAGAGCAUUCUGGGUCAGCAUGCUGGUUCUGGAUUACCCAGUGGAUUGAGGCGAUGGGGGGUCACGUGUUGACAGGACCAAGUGGACACAGAGCCUGGUGGAUCUGGACUGUGAUGCAUGGUGCAAAGAGAAGUGAUGAGAGAGGCAAACGGGGAGCUGAGCGCUGCAAAGAUGCUGUGGACUUAUGAAAGUGUGGCGGCUGGACUGGUCACUCAACACAGAGGAGAAAGUCGGAUGAUGGUUCUGAAGAUGAUGUCUGAACAUGGACUUGCAGCUGUCAGGAGGUUCUUGGCACAAGAACAUGAUUUCUUUCAAAUCCUGGUCUGAGCUGUAUUUGUGACUUUUUCUACGGACUAUUUUUGUCAAUGAUGCAAGCAAAACAAGUUCAAUCAUUGUUUUGAAUUGUAAUAAUUUUAAAAUGUUUUGUGAAUAAACAUUUGGAAUCAAACUCUC